AGCCAUGGCCAAAAGCACAGAGCCUAGGGGAAGCUGAACACUUGUAUUAUGUUUGUGGACUCUGAUUUCUGAAAGAAAAAGACCCUCAUCUGAGGACAAGAGCACACUCCAGUAGAAAGCAGCGUGGCAGAAGUACCUCCAAGAAUUUCACCAAGACACACCUGUCAGGAGCCAAACACCAGCAUGAAUAUUUGGAUUCUAGAAUCACCAAUGCAAUGACUGAGGAAAGGAACGGUACAACAAUUACGAAGUUCAUUCUCUUGGGAUUCUCUGAAUUUCCAAAGCUCACUAUUAUCUUCUUUUCAAUAUUCCUAGGGAUCUACCUCCUGACAGUAUCCUGGAACAUGAGCCUCAUCAUCCUUAUCAGGAUGGACUCCCAUCUGCAUACACCUAUGUACUUUUUCCUUAGUAACCUGUCAUUUCUGGACAUCUGCUAUGUUUCCACUAUAGCCCCCAAGAUGCUCUCAGACUUCUUCAAGAAAUAUAAAUUCAUCUCCUUUAUGGGGUGCAGUAUGCAGUACUUCUUCUUCUCUAGCCUAGGUCUAACUGAGUGCUGUCUUCUGGCAGCCAUGGCUUAUGAUCGAUAUGCUGCCGUUUGUGAUCCUCUUCUCUACCAGACCAUCAUGUCGCCUACCCUCUGCAUGCAGAUGGUGGCAGGAUCUUGUAUAACUGGAUUCUUUGGUUCAUUUAUCCAACUCUGUGCUUUGCUUCAGCUUCACUUCUGUGGGCCAAAUGUCAUCCACCAUUUCUUCUGUGAUCUGCCCCAACUUCUGAUUCUAUCCUGUUCUGACACCUUUUUCUUUCAAGUCAUGAUCUCUGUUCUCACAGUGAUUUUUGGACUUACAUCUGCCUUAGUUAUCAUGAUAUCUUAUGGUUAUAUCAUUGCCACCAUUCUGAAGAUCACCUCCGCUGAAGGCAGAGCCAAAGCUUUCAACACUUGUGCUUCUCACCUGACAGCAGUGAUCCUUUUCUUUGGCUCAGGUAUCUUUGUUUAUAUGUAUCCUAAUGCUGGUGAUUCCCUGAGCCAAAACAAGUUGGCAUCAGUCUUAUACACAGUCGUAAUUCCCAUGUUAAAUCCAGUGAUCUACAGCCUGAGGAAUAAGGAAAUCAAAGAUGCCCUAAACAGAUGGAAGAAGAGAAUCUCCCCCUGGUGUUAUGGAAUGAAAUAAUGAAAUUUAUUUCAGAUGUAUAAAUAGUGUAGGAAGAACAACAACUAAACAUUUAUUUUCAACUCUCCUAAAUGUGGGCAUAAUUGCAAUUGGUAUGCACUUCUUAUGUAAACCCAGGGCUGGCACAAAAUCACGUAAAUGCAUGAAAAGUAUCUUCAAAUUUAAUAUCAAUUCUUUAUCAGUUGUAAUCUAAUAAAUUGAUAGGCCAGGAAAACCACAGGUAUUUUUUUGUAGCUAGUUGUGGCAGUGGGACAGUUCACCUUGAAUAUUCCAUUUCUAUCUAACAUGGCACUACCUCAAGAACCAGAGAUGCUAGUACUGAUCAAGGCUUCCAAGAGACUAGCAAGCCUUCUCAUACAUCUUAUUUUAGGUAGAAAACGGAUUACUAUUAAUACAGACAAAUCUUUUUAAAAAUAAUUUCCCAAUUAAGUUUAAACUCACAUUUAACCUAUUCUUUCACCUCUGGAAAUUUUGGAUUAAUUUCUUCAUUUAUGGAUUUGUCCAAAGCCAAAUAUUCAUAUCAGGUAAAAGUCUUGCUAAAGUCACACAGAUAGAAAUUUGUUGUAAUAGGAAUGCUUAACAUGUCUGCUAUAGUUAAGAUUUGGUUGACUAGUUAGCUAGCUAGGCAUUCCUAGAUAACUCCUUGUAUGUUAUUACUAUAGUUUCUUUGUUUUUCCAUCUUAUCUCUACCAUGUAACCAGAAAAGAGAAUCAGAAAUGGCCCCCUGUUGGUGAGGUAACCUAGUCCCUGAUUUUGGCAUUUCCAACUGUCUUACUGUUAACAUUUUUGUUUCAUCUAAUAGGCCAAGUCCUUAUUAGAAAGUUGUUUUUCCAAUAAUUAACAAAUAGGAAGUGGUUAGUAAAAUUAUCUAUAAAGGACUAAACCACUGGAACCACAAGAAAGUCUUUGGCUGUUGCCCUUAUAACUUACUACAAGGUACAGAGGAAUAUUAGAGAAUUGAGAUUUAAAAUACCAAACAAGGAAAGGAAUAUGGGGCAGAAAGCACACUUUUGUUAUUUAUCUUCUGGUAGGAUUCUGACUUCCAUUAUCUCAGGCCUGAAAUCAUUGAAAUUUUCAAGAGAUUAUUUCCAGUAAAAGGCAUUUUGUAUAUUCUCCGACCUCUCUCUGUGUUCAGAAGGAAAAAUUUUCAAUCCUCAUGAGUGUUCAGUUGGUAAAAACUUACAACAAACCUUUUAGAUAACAGUAGGUACUGCAAUGUGAGAGGUUCUGCUUCUAAUACUUCCUGUCUCUGGGGGUAGAAUUCAAUUUCAGGGAGCUUGGAGGUGAAAGGGAAAGUUAUUUUGUAAGACAACGGAUUUACAGUUAUCCAAUAGGAUUUUGUCAAGAGAAGUUUGAGAUAGAGUUCCACGCCUAGAUUUCAUGUAAAGUUUUUUUUUUUUGUUUUUGUUUUGUUUAAAACUAACUCUUGUUAGUGACUCCAUUCAGACUUCCCUUGGCUUCAGUUUAAAACAAAGUGUAUUAACUGAUGACUAUACUGAGGUUGAAAGAGAAGUAACUCCAUAAGUGCCAUUCAUUCACUUGGUUGGAUGUUUAAUGCUUUUGUGGUCACUGAUUAUUAGAAUCUCUGAAGACAAAUACUGCUUGGAGUUGAUAUCACAACCAGCAGAAAUGCUUUAUUAUAUAAAAUUCAAAAUCUCCUUAAUUACGAAAAACAUAAUCUUCAGAAAAGAAUAAUGUAGGCUUUAAGUCAGAAAGCCCUAUCUCUACAGAAGGCCAGAAUUCUUUUUAUUCUGAUAUUCAAAACAUCUGUAGGAUAUAGAUGUAUAGGAUACAUAUCCCUGUGCAGAAAUUUCUUAUAAACAACAAAGAUUCAGAGAUUAACUGGUCAGAACAGAGGCUCAUAAAUUAAAGACAAAUUCUUGGACAAUAUCAUAUAUUUCUCUUUUUGUAACUACUUGUGAUUGACAUUUUUAUAUUGGUGAUGCUUUUAAAGAAAUAAUAUACUUUAUGUGAUAUACUA